CACUUGUUUUCUUCACAACACAACUAGUUGUUUUUCUUCCUCUUCUCCUUCUGCUGCUACUUAACCGGUUUAUAGUUACUAAUUCAAUUCAAUUCCAAACAGAACAAGAAAUUUAAUGGAAUUGAAUCUCUUGAACUCCAUGUUUUGCAUCUUUGCCUUUGUUGUCUUCUUCCUCUUUGUCAUCAAUUCCCUCAUCACCAAGCUCUUCACUCCGAACCGCCGGAAAAUCCCACUUCCGCCGGGUUCCUUAGGCUGGCCUUACAUUGGAGAAACCUUCCAACUCUACUCUCAAGACCCAAAUGUCUUCUUUGCCUCAAAACAAAAGAGGUUUGGGUCAAUCUUCAAAACUCACAUCUUGGGUUGUCCCUGUGUGAUGAUUUCGAGCCCCGAAGCGGCGAAAUUUGUGCUUUCUCGAGCCCAUCUGUUCAAGCCAACUUUUCCGGCGAGCAAAGAGAGGAUGUUGGGGAAAGAAGCCAUCUUUUUCCACCAAGGAGAUUACCAUGCCAAAUUGAGAAAGCUUGUCCUCCGUGCGUUCAUGCCGGAAGCCAUCAGAAGUAUCGUCCCUGACAUUGAAUCCAUUGCCAAAGACUCUCUCAAGUCCUGCCAAGGCCGCUUGAUCAACACCUUCCGAGAAAUGAAAACGUUCACAUUCAAUGUUGCACUCCUUUCUAUAUUUGGUAAGGAUGAGAUUCUGUACAGAGAGGAUCUGAAGAGGUGCUACUACAUUCUUGAGAAGGGUUACAAUUCAAUGCCCAUUAAUCUUCCAGGCACGCUGUUUCACAAAUCAAUGAAAGCAAGGAAGGAGCUGGCUCAGAUCUUGGCCAAAAUUAUAUCUACAAGGAGGCAAAGGAUGCUGUUAGAGGAUGAGGACCACAAGGAUCUUCUGGGAUCAUUCAUGGGUGACAAAGAAGGCCUCACUGACCAACAAAUCGCUGACAACGUCAUUGGGGUCAUCUUCGCUGCCCGUGACACCACAGCCAGCGUCUUAACUUGGAUUGUCAAGUACCUUGGGGAAAACCCAAGCGUUCUUCAAGCUGUCACUGAAGAGCAAGAAGCAAUAAUAAGGUCAAAAGAGGAAGAAGAAGAGGAGGAGAAAGUUCUGAGUUGGGCAGAUACAAAAAAGAUGCCCUUGACUUGUAGAGUGAUUCAGGAGACACUAAGAGUUGCUUCCAUUUUGUCUUUCACUUUCAGGGAAGCUGUGGAGGAUGUUGAAUAUCAAGGUUAUCUGAUACCAAAAGGGUGGAAAGUUUUACCACUUUUCAGAAACAUUCACCACAGCCCAGAAAUCUUUCCUGACCCUGACAAGUUUGAUCCCUCCAGGUUUGAGAUUGCUCCAAAACCCAAUACCUACAUGCCAUUUGGCAGCGGGACCCACGCAUGUCCAGGGAAUGAAUUAGCCAAGCUGGAGAUUUUGGUCUUUUUACACCAUCUAACAACAAAGUACAGGUGGUCUGUGGUUGGUGCACAAAAUGGCAUACAGUAUGGCCCUUUUGCUCUUCCCCAAAAUGGCCUGCCCAUCAGAUUAUCUCUUAAAACUAUCAUAUAAAACCCCCAUAAAUCACAGACUCCCAAAAGCAGUCCAAGUCCCCUACUUUCAGACCCUCUCUCCCCCUUCAAGCCAGCUACUUGACAUAUAUUACCAUUUCAUGCAUGAGGAAGAAACCCACCACUCCAAAGUCCAUUUCUUUUUGGCCGAAAGAGAUAAGCAACAUAAAAUAAACACGUGAAAUUUAAAGAAACAUAUCGUACAUCUUCAUUGCUUUCAUCUGUCCCAUUAAUAUCUCAGAUGACUGAAAGUCACUGAAUAUUAGGGACGUGCCCUCCGAAAGUCAGAAAGUUCAAGAUACAAGAAAUGAAACAUGUUGCAGCAGAGGAAGCCAAGUGCACAGAGAAGAGUCUUCCUACCAAAACAUGAUAUGGUUUGUAUAUCAUGUUUUCUUUUUCUUCCCUUAAUUUUUUUUAAAUUUUUUCUUUUUGGCAUGCAAGAGAUCAUGAAGAGGAAAAUUCCUCACCCAAUGUGAUAAGUGUAUUUAAGUAGGUAGGAGUAUACUAUUUUCACCAUAAUUUUCUUCUUUACUUAAAUAAAUGUAAACAGCCGCAAGGCAGAAAUGAAGAUUCAAAUCAAUGGAAUUAACAAAGUUAAUUUUAAGGAAGAGGAAGGAGGAUUAUCUAUCCUCCUAAUAUUUCUAUCAUUUCAUACCCUUCUAUUUGAAUGGUUACUGUUAUAUCACAUCAUCAUUUUAUAUUGAUUUUUUUAUAAAAAUAAUAAGAUAAAAAAUAAUAUGUGAAAAGAGGAGAUGGAAGAGGAUGGAAAUAUGAAAGUAGAGAAUUCUCUUCCGAUGAAGAGGGUAGGCAUGCAGUGGCUGUGCUGUGCCUGUGGCAGUGGCGGCACAGCAGAUCUGCUAGCACCUCCUCCUCCUGCUUUAACUUAAUUUGUUGAUCUGGUUGUGGAGGUGGCUGACAUGUUAUGUAUGUGGCAUUGUGCAGGUGGUCUGUGGUUGGUGCACAAAAUGGCAUACAGUAUGGCCCUUUUGCUCUUCCCCAAAAUGGCCUGCCCAUCAGAUUAUCUCCUAAAACUAUCAUAUAAAACCCCCAUAAAUCAUAAACUCCCAAAAACAUUCCAAGUCCCCAACUUUCAGACCCUCCCUCACCCUUCAAGCCAGCUACUUGACAUAUGUUACCAUUUCAUGCAUGAGGAAGAAACCCACCACUCCAAAGUCCAUUUCUUUUUGGCCGAAAGAGAUAAGCAACAUAAAAUAAACACGUGAGAUUUAAAGAAACAUAUCGUACAUCUUCAUUGCUUUCAUCUGUCCCAUUAAUAUCUCAGAUGACUGAAAGUCACUGAAUAUUAGGGACGUGCCCUCCGAAAGUCAGAAAGUUCAAGAUACAAGAAAUUAAACAUGUUGCAGCAGAGGAAGCCAAGUGCACAGAGAAGAGUCUUCAUACCAAAACAUGAUAUGGUUUGUAUAUCAUGUUUUCUUUUUCUUCCCUUAAUUUUUUUUUUUUAAUUUUUUCUUUUUGGCAUGCAAGAGAUCAUGAAGAGGAAAAUUCCUCACCCAAUGUGAUAAGUGUAUUUAAGUAGGUAGGAGUAUACUAAUUUCACCAUAAUUUUCUUCUUUACUUAAAUAAAUGUAAACAACCGCAAGGCAGAAAUGAAGAUUCAAAUCAAUGGAAUUAACAAAGCUAAUUUUGUUCUUA